CCUCCCUGCUCUCACCAAUUAAGGAAGGGAGAUGUUCCAGCUCUGCAGAGGUCUUUCUUCAGCCCAAGCCACCCGCAGUCUCUUCAGGCUGGUAGUAUCUUCUCAGUUAGUGCGGUGCACACAAUUGCUGCUUGCAAAAGAAAAGCCCCCUCCAGCAGAAUCCCACAGCCCCUCCAGGAUAUUUGGGGCCAUCCUCUCCGUUAUGUUGACCUGUGGAAUUAUCUGCAUCACUGUGGCAGCUACUGUCAGCUUCACCCAGGUUUCGCCCAAGCCUCUUUCGCAGGUAAUGCGACUAAACUUCCAGAAUCGCCCGGGAUCCUCGAUGAACCAGUCGGUAGUGGUCAGCAAGGCUAAGAAAACCAUCACCUACUACAUCACGUCUUCCAGUAACCAGACCACCAUCAUCUUGUUUGACUGCAAGAAUAGUUAUGUCUGCUAUAAGCUGUCGGGGCACAGCAAUUGUUACCUGAAGAGGAUGAAUGCCCGGGAUCAGGAUGCUGCCCAGGCCUCCUUCAACCUGUCAAAGCACAAGGAGGACCCACUGCUGCUUCCCAGCCACGGUUCCCAAUACUACCGGGAAUUCCUGGGGGUUGUGCCAGGGAGCCUGGUGCAGCCAGCGGAGGCAGGAGAGGCCGCCUGGGCUCUGUGCAAGCAGGUGCCCAUCCGCUGGGUUAAGAAGAAAGAUGAUCCUCCAAAGCAGCGGCUCAUCUACCUGUGCAUUGACAUCUGCUUCCCAAACAACAUCUGUGUCUCCAUCUGUUUCUACUACCUUCCCGAGUGAAGGUCCAAAGAGUCCGACUUCCACAGUUCAGCUUGGCUGCCCGUGAACCCGAAUCAGAACCUGAGGUCCCCCACAUCCCCCGUGCUCGACCCAAAUCCUCCAGCCUCCCAAGAGAGCUUCCCAUCUUCUCAUUCAGGACUCUG